AUGUCCUCGACUCAUCGUGCUGUGAGAAGAUGCAUAACUGCUGUAGUGCAAAUUGCAGACCAGUAUAUUUGUUGGCCAGAUGAAGUUCUAGAUAAACAAGCAGAAAUAAAAAAUAAAUUCAAAGCCAUCAAAGGUCUUCCAGGAGUGAUAGGAGCUGUGGAUGGGACCCAUAUCAGUAUCAGAAAACCAACUGACCAUCCACAGAGCUACCUGAACAGGAAGAAAGAUUACUCAAUAAUUCUGCAGGGUGUUUGUGAUGCAGACAUGACCUUCCUAGAUGUUUUUGUUGGUUGGCCUGGGUCGGUUCAUGAUGCCAGAGUACUUAGGAAUUCACCACUAGAAGAGAAAGUUUCCCAUAUGCCAAUUGAAAGCCAUCUAUUGGGAGAUGGCGCCUAUCCACUGACUAAGUAUAAAUCAUUAAAAUCUUUUGAUACACUUCAAUUAAUGCUUUGGCCUUAUUAUAUGAUUUCAGUGGCCUUAUUAUAUGAUUUCAGUGGCCUUAUUACACCCUACAGAGACACAGGCAGACUGGCAACUGAGGAUUUGAAAUUUAACAAAGUUCAUUCUGCCACAAGAAAUAAAAUAGAGUGUACCUUUGGCCUAUUGAAAGGCAAAUGGAGGCGUUUAAAAUAUUUAGACAUGUUGGACAUACCAUGCAUGGUUAAUUUGAUUUUUAGUUGUACUGUUGUACAUAAUUUUGUUAUUCUCAGGGAAGGUACUCAUCUUGAUGAUGAGUUUGAUGAAGAAGACAAUCUUCAACCUCCCAAUUUAGAUGUGCCAACACGUUUGGCAUUUCAAAAGAGGGAUAUGUUGAAGAUGUCCAUACAGUAAAUAGUAUCUUGUCCCCAGGUUUUAUUAUUAUUAAGGCUCCCAAACGAAGACUUAUUGUUUUUGCUCAGUAAAAUUUUCGAAAUGACUGCCGCUUAGUGUCAAUGGAGGAAGGGUGCUUCCGCUAUUGCUUGCAAUGGCAAAUCUAGUUAUAAUUAUUAUUCAUCAUCUUCCUCUUCCGCCACUUUUAAAUUUGAUCUUGUCCGCACCCGUUCUCCAAAAACACUUGUCAGAUUAACUUAAGCUUUCACAAAAUGUUAGGCUAUCAUGUCUAGUGGUGCAAUCAUGGUUUUGUUUGUGCAUUGGGGUCUAAAAAGGGGUACUUUGAGGGGCCAAAAGAAGGGAGGGGUCUACUAUAGAACCCUAUGGGAUUUUAUUUUUUUAAAUUUUCAAAUGAUUACAAAUUGAAAACCGUUUGUGAUAGACACAAUCUUUUUAAUUGAAAAUGUUCUAAAUGAUAAAAGCACAUUAAAUGAA